GUGCAGAAUGCUGAUGAUAACAUUUAUGAUCAAAAUGUGGAGCCAACUUUAAUUUUUAUUCUUCAUGAUAGUGGGAUUGUUGUUAUGAACAAUGAACUUGGAUUUUCUGAUAAGAACAUUAGAGCGCUUUGUGAUGUUGGAAAUUCAACAAAGAAAGGGUCAAGUGGUGGCUAUAUAGGUCAAAAAGGCAUUGGGUUUAAAUCUGUUUUUCGGAUUACAGAUGCUCCCGAAAUUCAUUCCAAUGGUUUUCACGUGAAAUUUGACAUAACCGAAGGCCAGAUUGGUUUCGUUCUUCCAACUAUUAUUCCUCCAUUUGAUAUUGAUUUUUAUGAGACGGUGUUACAUGAUUCUGAUGAAGCCAAUGCCACCCCUUGGAAGACCUGCAUUGUUCUUCCUUUCAAGCCAAAGCUUAAACAAGGGAAAGGAAUCAGUCCUGUUAUCUCCAUGUUCGCAGAUCUUCAUCCAUCCCUGCUACUUUUUCUUCAACGUCUCAAGUGUAUAAUGUUCAAGAAUAUGCUUGAUGGCAAGCUUGUUAGUAUGAGAAGAGAAACUGUAAAAGAUGGCAUAGUAAUAGUUUCUCAGGGUCAUGAAAAACUUAAUUGGUUGGUUGUUCGUAAAAGCCUGCAAGCUUCUUUAGUUCGCCCUGAUGUGCAAUCUACAAAAAUUGCUAUGGCUUUCUCAAUGGAACUGUCAGAUAAUGGUGACUGUCUUCCUCUACUUGACCAACAACCUGUUUUUUCUUUUCUUCCUUUGAGAAAGUAUGGGCUUAAAUUUAUUAUACAAGGUGACUUCAUUCUACCGUCGUCAAGAGAAGAAGUUGACGAAGACAGUGCAUGGAACCAGUGGCUGUUGUCAGAGAUGCCGGAUCUUUUUGUAUCUGCUGAGAAAUCCUUUUGUGCUCUCUCUUGCUUCAAGGGUAAUUCGGCUAAUGCCAUCACAUGUUUUAUGAGUUUCGUUCCUCUUAGUGGCGAAGUGCACGGUUUCUUCUCUCCUCUUCCUCAGAUGAUUGUGUCUAAACUGUGUUUGUCAAAUUGCUUGCUUACAGAAGCCUCUACGGUGGAGUGGGUUCCUCCAUGCAGAGUGCUUCGAAAUUGGAAUGAAAAUUUGAGAACGUUUUUGUCAAAUGAUCUACUACAGCAGCAUCUUGGAUUGUCUUACCUGAAUAAAGACAUAAUCUUGUCUGAUACUUUGGCAAGGGCAUUGGGUAUUCAGGAUUAUGGACCCAAAAUAUUAAUUAGACUGAUAUCAUCUAUUUGUCUAGGUAAUUGUAUUAAGGAGCUGGGUUUAGAAUGGCUUUGUUCAUGGCUGAAUGCUUUGUAUACCACAUUGGCAGUUAAUUCAUCUGGAUAUCUAAGCUCUGUACAUGCUCCCAUCGAAUCUGAUCUUCUAAAUAAUCUUCGAAAGAUUCCGUUCAUACCACUUUCAGAUGGUUCAUACUGCUCAGCAGAAAAUGGGCCAAUUUGGUUUCCAUAUAACACAUCUGAUAAGGGUUUUGAAGGUGAGAAUGUUUUUAGGGAUCUUCCUGGUCUUUAUGCAGAACUUAGGACUGUAAAUUCUUGUAUAUUCACCAUGGAAUCUAGGCCUUUUAAUGUGGAGAACAGAGCUGAUAAUAUCAUAAAAGUGCUACAUAAAAUUGGAAUCCAGAAACUGUCGGCUCACAACGUAAUCAGAAAUCACAUUUUGCAAUCUAUUUGUGAUGAGAAAUCUACAAAUAAAAAUGCAGAUUUGAUGAUUGAAUACGUCAUUUUCAUAAUGCUCCACUUUCAAUCUUCCUGCUUUGAAUGCAAUACCGAGCGGGAUGGCAUACUGCAAGAGCUACAUAAAAGGAAGAUUUUAUUAACUAAUCAUGGUUAUAUUUGCCCUGGUGCUGAACCUGUCCAUUUCAGCAAGGAUUUUGGCAAUGGGUUUGACAUAAAGAAACUUCUUGAUGGCAUGAACAUUAAAUGGAAUGAGGUUGAUGCUAUAUACCUGAAACAUCCCAGCACUGAAUCACUUCCUCUUGGGUUGAUGAAAUGGAGGGAUUUCUUAAAAAAAUUAGCUGUUACCGACUUUGUGAAAGUAAAUCAGGUAGAGAGGAUUUGUUCUAGGUUUACGAGCAUGAAAUGCUUCGAAGAUGUUAGACCAGUGGAGUUAUUGGUGAAUGACUGGGAAUCACCUGAGUUAAUUUCUAUAUUAUCUUCUCUGUCAUCAAAUAAAUGCUUGGAAAAGAGUAGGUAUCUACUGGAUAUACUUGACAAAAUGUGGGAUGGUCAUUUUAGUACUAAGGCUAGAUGCUUCAGUAGUCCUUUUGAAGAAGGAAGACAAACCUUUCAAUCGUCCUUCGUGAAAUGCAUUGCUGACUUCAAAUGGGUGGCAUGCAGCAUGGAUGAAGAAGCACACUUCCCCAAGCAUCUUUUUUAUGAUUGUGAGACAGUGCGUUCACUUUUGGGAGGUGCUGCACCAUAUGCUAUGCCACAGGUUACCAGCAAAACAUUUGUUGAGGACAUUGGAUUUAAGGUUACAGUGACGCUUGACGAUGCAUUUCAAGUCCUGCAAAUAUGGAGAAAUUCUCAAGCUCCUUCGGCCUGCAUAUCUCAAAUGUCUAAAUUUUACACCUUUAUUUGGGAUGAACUUAUUAAAUCAGAGGGGAAAAUUAUCGCAGAAGUCAAGAAAAAUAUCAUCAUAUUCAUUCCUUUGGUGCCUAACUCAGAUUUUAUGUCUGUUGCAUCUGGUAACUUUAUGCUGCCAAACCAAUUAUAUUGGCAAGAUCCAACUGGCUGUAUGGAUCGAAUAAGAGAAGCAAGCAAUUCAGAUAAUUUAAAAAACGAGAAUGAUUGUUUUCAAUGUAUUACUCUUGACAUUGUAUACCCGGAGCUUCAUGAUUUUUUGGUAGCUGAUUGCGGCGUGCUCGAGUGUCCACCAUUUUCUCAUUAUCAUGACAUAAUGCUUCAUUUGUCGAAGAUAUCUUUGCCUUCAGAUGUUGCUCUAUUAGUUUUCAAAGUAUUCUUGAAAUUUAGUGAUGAUUGGAACUCUGGACUAGUCAGAAACGAAGAUAUACUUCAGUUGAAAGAUGACCUGCUCAAAUCAGAAUUCACAGUGCUACCAACAGUGCAAGACAAAUGGGUUUCUCUUCAUCCACGUUUUGGCCUAACAUGUUGGUCUGAUGAUGAGAAACUAUUAGAUGAAUAUGUUCAUCUCAACAACGUUAAUUUUUUAUAUUUUGGUAAACUUACUGAGGUUGAAAAGGAAAUGCUUUGUGUGAAGGUGGCUCCUUUCUUGAAGAUGAUAGGCCUUCCCUUGCUAGCGGAGGUUAUAAAUCGUGAAGCUAUAUUCUAUGGCAUUUCUGAUUCAACAGAAGAGACUUCCUUAGUCAACUGGAUCCUCCCUUAUGUGCAACGCUAUCUCUAUAAGUCGCAUUCUGACAUAUACUGUGACCUCAAGGAAUCUGGCUUCCAUAAACUAACACAGCUAGAUGUUGUAGUUGUUGAAAAGUUAUUUUACAGGAAUAUUCUUCAGGGGAACUCCAGCACAAGUCAAAAACGAUAUGAAUGCAAAUCUCUUCUGCAGGUCAAUAGACUGUACACAACGCCAAAUGCGGAUACUCAUUCCAUGUUCUUGGAGCUCUCUCGUUUCUUCUUCAAUGGAACUCCUAAUUUACACAUGGCCAACUUUCUUCACAUCAUUACGAAGGAGCUAAACUCCACUGAGGAGCAAAUUGAAUCCUUCAUCCUUAACAAUCUAAACGUGCCGAAGCUUCCCGAGGGAGAACCCAUCUGGUCACUCGUGGAAUCGCCCAACCUUAGUUCAGAGGAGAUGCCGUCAACGCUCCAUGCUUUUCCUGUAGUGAAGCUUCGACGCUUGAAGCCAAACAGAACAUCUGCCAAAUUGAACUGGCCACCUGCUGCCAAUACGAAUACUACAUCCUCCUCAGACUCUAUAUCCGAACCACACAUCUCGAGGAUUCCGAAGGCAAAACCAGGCAUAACGAUAUCUGCAGAAGAGAGUCAUAUUCGCUCUGGAGGCGAAGCAACCGGUGAUUUUAGAGACGACCUGCUCGAAAUGCCACCGGCUUCCACCAUUGCUGAUCUCUCUUCUAGUUCUGCCACAAAGGAGGCAGAAAUCUUACUCACAUCAGCUACUGAGUUGCAUGAUCAAACAAACUUAUUUGAAUUCACUGAAACUGAUAAGCUCUUCCUGGAACCUCCUGAAGAGAACCAAUCUUAUAAAACUGGUAGGCUGGGAGAACUGGUAGCUUAUCAAUACUUCAGCGAGAAGCUUGGUGAGAAAUUUGUGAAGUGGGUCAAUGAGGAAUCAGAGAUGGGACUUCCUUAUGAUUUAAUUAUUGACGAGGAACAGAAGACGCGAUUUGUCGAGGUUAAGGCCACCACUUCUGCAACCAAGGAUUGGUUCGCUAUAUCGACAAAGGAGUGGCGUUGUGCGUCGGAGAAGGGCGAAUCAUACAGCAUUGCUUGGGUCAUUUUGUCAGGCCAAGAUGAAGCUCAGGUUCAUGUUUUGAAUAACCCAUUUAAGCUUUGCCAGCAAAAACUACUGCAGCUGGUUCUACUAUUGCCAACAGAUUUAUGAGAGCCUUAUCAUUUCCUCUAUUUUUUUUUUAAAUUCUAAAUGUUAUGUCAUAUAAUAGGUCUGGAAUUCAUGUUUUUUUUUUUUCUUUUUUCCUUUUUGUGCUCACAUAGAUAAAUAUAUCCCUCUGUUAAUAGAGAAAUUUUUGGUGGUCUUCACUGUAGUAGUAGUUUGAACUGAUGUGUUGUAAUUAGGAAUUACUACAUAGGAUUGGAAUGAACUGAAAUUUUAUGAGGCGUUUGGAUGGUGCUGCAAACUUUGUUAAAUACGUUUGCAGAGAGUGUUGCAGAUGGUGUGGUUUUGCGUGGGAGUAUAUGAUUCUUGAUUCAAAAUGUACAUGUAAUUUAAGAGGAUCUGUGCCAUGAAAAA